AUGGGGCGUUUUACGGCGAUGUUUAAUGAGCUUGCAAAGUCGUUUUCGCCUACAAAGAGAGGGAAAAGUUGUGGUCAAAAAGAGGUAGCAGAAGUCAUGGCAAAGGAGGCAAAGAAGGAUAAUAUGAUCUUAAGGUCUUCUGGUUCUAUUAAUAUAAAUACUUUUGCUUCGAUCUGCUCCAAAAGGGGCGAAAAGGGGGUGAAUCAAGAUUGUUGCAUUGUGUGGGAGGAAUUUGGAUGCCAAAAGGACAUGAUGUUUUGUGGGAUUUUUGAUGGUCAUGGACCUUGGGGACAUUAUGUUGCGAAGAGAGUUUGUGAAUCAAUGCCUUCAUCUUUGCUAUGUAAUUGGCAAGAGAUGCUAUUUGAAGCUUCACUUGAUCCUCACACGUGUGAUAAAAAGCUGGAUAUAUGGAAGGAUUCUUUCAUAAAGACUUGCGCUGUUGUUGAUAGGGAUAUCCGACAUUGCCACAAAUUUGAUUCGAUUCAAAGUGGAACCACCGCUUUAGCGGCCAUUAGACAGGGUGAACUUGUAGUGAUAGCAAACGUUGGAGAUUCACGUGCAAUACUGGCUACGAUUGUGAAUGAUGGUUGUUUGGUAGCUGUGCAACUUACUGUAGAUUUUAAGCCCAAUCUACCCGAUGAGGCUGAGCGCAUAGUUGAGUGCAAAGGGCGAGUUUUGUGUCUAGAGGACGAGCCUGGGGUGCAUCGGUUGUGGCUGCCAAACGAGGAGUCACCUGGGUUGGCUAUGUCGAGAGCCUUUGGUGAUUAUUGUGUCAAGGAUUAUGGACUUAUAUCUGUUCCUCAAGUAACACAUAGACAUAUAAUCAGCAAAGACCAGUUUAUUGUGCUUGCUUCUGAUGGGGUGUGGGAUGUUGUAUCAAACGAACAAGCGGUGGAGAUUGUGUCGUCAACGGAUGACCGGGCAAAGUCGGCAAAACGACUGGUCGAGUUUGCAGCGCGUGCCUGGAAACGCAAAAGGAAAGGAAUCGCAGUUGAUGAUAUCUCGGCUAUUUGUCUCUUCUUUCAUUAA